AUGGCUUUGGCAAUUUCUCGCGAAGAUACGCAAGUUCUAUUGCACGGCAAAAAUGUCCUCGAAGAAUCAACACUUGACAAGUAUAGAAGCGCGGGUCAAAUCACACAGACCGCUCUGAAGUUUGUUGUUAAGCUGAUCAACGAAUCUUAUCAUGCGGACGGUAAGCAACGUCUGGCAAUCCAUGAGAUAUGUCUGUUGAGUGACAGCUUCCUAACUGCUUGCUUGGAAUCCAGUUUCAAGAACAAAGUGGCAGAGAGAGGUAUCUCGCACCCUACUACGCUUGAUGUGGACGAGGUUGCUUCUGGGUGGUGCCCUGAAGUCGAUGAUGUGGAGCAGUUGCGCUCUGCUAAUAAGCAGAUGCCUGAUUCGGCUUCUGGGUGCCGCAGAAGUGUCGACGGGUUUUUGGCACCGGGCGAUGUUGUUAAGGUUUCGCUUGGUGUCCAUAUUGACGGCUACACCGCACAAGUUUCACACACUAUAGUUGUGUACCCUACAGAGGACGACGAGAGUCACGGAAAGGUGCCCACUGGGCCAUUGUUGGGCGGCAAGGCCGACGCCUACGCAGCUGCGCAUAUUGCGAUGGAAACUGUAGUUUCUCUGCUGGCAUGCGCACUUACUCCUGAAAAGCUCCCUCGUUCACUUUCUAGCAACAACCAAGUAACCGGUAGCCUGAUCCGCACCGUUGUCGACGCCAUUGCUGCCUCGUACAAGUGUGUUGUGGUUCCCGGCUCUAAAGUUCGUAGAGUCAGAAGAUUUCUCGCUGGCCAGAACGAAGGUAUCGUUGCUGAAAGAGAGUACAAGGGUGUGGCUUGGUAUGAAUCCCACCAAGAGUUGGCGAUGCUGCAGAAGUCUGCGGAAUCCACAAAGGACUUGGUGGCUGUCAAGCCUUCGAACCGCCACAACUCCUCUGCAGUGCCUACUGACGAGUUCACUGUCAACGCCGGGGAAGUGUACGUUGUUGACUUGCAAAUGGCGCCUCUUGAAGGUUUGGUUCCAGGUCUGAUUACCCUAGAGACCGCUGACAACUUUUCGGGAAAAUCUCACAAAGCUGACCAGCUGGUCGCGAGACCAGGUGCUUAUGUCAGAGAUUUCGCCCACUCUCACAUUCUCAAAUUGAAGACAUCCAGACAGCUGUUGUCUAAGAUCGACAAACAAGGCGUUUACCCAGUCAAGCUUUCUCACUUGAGUGACAGUUUCCCAAUCGAUACCUCUUGUCCAGAAUCUUCUCAGAUUGAAGCUAUUUCCAGGGAUCUUAAGUCUUACAGACUCGGCAUGAGUGAGAUUUUGAACAACUUUUUGGCGAUUCCAAACCCUAUUCGCAUCGCCAAGUGCAUCCCUUGGGACAAAAUUCUAAGCACCGCCAACCCAGCUGGUUCUCUCGGUGUUGACGCUACUGAGCGCUCUCUGCCCGGCCAGGAACUGCCUCUGCCUCGCUUAGGAAUAUCUUCUUUGAAGCUGAAGAGCCUCCUGAAACAUGCUUCAUCUGUUCCAGUGGCCCGUCAAAGCUCAACUGUCGUGUUAUGCCCAAGCGACGUCUCAUCUAGUGGCAAGGCUGAACUCCUGAGACUCACCGGUGGUAAGAAGACUUGUCAGCCAAGUUGGAUCCACUCUAAGUACCAAAUGAACCAAGAGGAUCCUCUGAUCCAAGGUGUGUUCCAACUUGCAGAGCUAUCGAAGGACAAGAGAUUCGGUAUCUCAAUCAGAGAGACUCAACCCUUAAAAAAGGAAAACACUUUGGCCGGAGUUGCACCAAGCUCUGCCACUCAGGACAUAGAUAUGGCUUGA